CAGUCGGCGGCGCGGCGCGCUGCGUGGAGGGAGCCGCCGGCCUGUGGUUGGCCGGCGCGCCGCGCGCCUCGCUGACCUCGUUUCCCGGCGGGCCUAGCCCAACAGCCAUAGCACACCGCGGCGCGCACUCCGCUUCUGCCUUCGACGCCGAUUUCCAGGCGUGGCUACGCCGCCGCGAUCACCUCGUCUCCUCCUCCCUCCCUCCCUCCCUCCCUCCUCCCGUGUCGACGACGCGUCUAUCUCUCUAUCCCCCCCCCUCUGCAUCCCCCUUCACCCCUCCCCGCGGCCGCGACUUGACCCGACCCUACCCCGAGCGGCACGGGCACCGCUUCGAAAAGUGGGAUCGUCCUCCCGCUCAGUGCGUACGUGAACUGGAACUGUAUCGGACGGCGACGCCAGAGCAGCAACAGCGGGACGCGACCCUAGCCGAGGCGACCGACGUCCGCCGUCCGACGUCGACCUUCGCGGCGAAGAGGAAGGAGCCGGUGCUGCCGGCGCGUUUUCCCUCCACGCGUCGCGCCCUGCUGGAUGGAUAAAUGACGGUACGUAGAUGACAGGUGGGCCCGUGAGUGAUGGACCGGGUUCAGAAGUGAAACGUUUGAUUGACAACUGGAUAAAAGGGAGGUGCGCGCGCUCGUGGCCGGUAAAGUAGAUUGUUCUGUGUGUGCGCGCAACGGAAUACGUGUAGCGCGAUUAGAGGGAAACGAAGAAAACGAGUUUUGAGCGACAGGAAGGAAAGUAAAAAGAAAAAGCAGAGGGAGGGGGGAGAGAGAGAGAGAGAGAGAGAGGCAUAAGCAGCGAAGAGGCAUAAGCAGAGUGUUAGUUUCACGCUGCGAGGUUAAUAAAGUCGGUGGGAGGGGGAGCGCCGCGCUGAGAGGACGACCGUGAGAGAGCGAUAAGGCGCCGGCACGGAGUGGAAAUGAUAGAGCGCGCCGGCCGCCGGGUGACAUUUGAUUGGUGCGGCCUGGGAGAUGCGCUCGGCCGGUAGUGGCGGCUCGCGGCAACAGGUGGCGCGGACGUCGGCGCGCGCUAGCGUCCUGGCCCCGGCGCACUUUUGCCACGCAGCGGCGGCGAAGCGACGCAGCGCGCUGCAGCGACGCGAAAACGCCGACGACACCGACAGCGCCGCCGCCUCCGCCGCCGCCAGAUGAACCAGCAGUGCAAGGUGUGCGGCGAGCCCGCCGCGGGCUUCCACUUCGGCGCCUUCACCUGCGAGGGCUGCAAGUCAUUCUUCGGGAGAACCUACAACAACAUGAACUCCAUUUCGGAAUGCAAGAACAACAACGAGUGUAUCAUCGACAAGAAGAAUCGGACGUCCUGCAAAGCGUGCCGCCUCAAGAAGUGCAUCGAGGUCGGCAUGUCCAAGAGCGGCUCCCGCUACGGCCGGCGCUCUAACUGGUUCAAGAUUCACUGUCUGCUGCAAGAGCAGCAGCAGCAGCAGCAACAGCAACAGCAGCAGCAGCAGCAGAACGGGCAGGACGGGGGCGGCAUGGGCGGCGGCGGGCUGCCCCUGGGGGCGGCGUCGCUGUUCGGCGGCGCGCCGCCCGGCCUCUACCCGCCCGCCUUCUUUGCCGGGCUCAACGGAGCCUUCCCCGUGUUGCCGCCGUCUCCGCUGCCCAAGCGGCGCAAACUCGAGUCCAGCAGUUCCGACGACUCCUCGGGCGCGUCCUCCGUCGACGACGAGACUGCCGCCAUCACUGCAGGGCUCAUGUCGCGACUGCACGGGGGCCCGCGGCCGCCGCCGCUGUACCACGGGCCGGCGCCGCCCCAACACGGAUCGCCGCAGCUGCAGCCGGCGCCGCCCCCGCAGGCGCGCUUCCUGUACCCCAGCCUGGCGGCGCGCACGCCCGUCAACGGCGCCGGCGCCGGCGCGCCCGGGGGCGGCGGCGGGCUGCUGGUGCUGGGCGGCGACCUGCUGCUGUGCAGCCCCGCGCUGGCCGGCGUCGCCGUCGAGCAGGACCAGCCCAUCGACCUGUCGGUGCGCGGCCGCCCCAAGUGCUGCUCCGACUCCGCACCCAGCUCGCCGCCCGCGGCGGCCGCCGACUGCGACGAGGCGCUCGACAGCGCCGACGCCGCCGACCGCCAGCGACGGGACGGUCGGUCGACGCCUCUCGACCUCACCAACAAGAGGGCGGCCGAAGUCCCCCAAUUUGGCUGAGGACAACUUCACCUUCCUACACCAGAUGAACUUAUAUAGGCAACGGUUGAACCACCUCCUCUGCUUGUCCUCAACUGGGCUAAGGAAUUGUUUCGGGGUGAUCGACCAACGCAUCGCGAUCUCACCAACAAGAGGGGUACCGAAGCCCCCAGUUUGGCUGAGGUCCAGUUUACAGGCCGACACCAGAUGAACUCGUAUUGGCAGCGGUUGGAUUGCUUCGCUGCUUGUCCUCAUCUACGAUUAACGAAUUGUUUCGGGUUGAACGGUAACGCCUCUCGACCUCACCGGCAAGAGGGUGGCUGAAGUAUCCCAGUUUGGCUGAGAGCCAUUUGACCGCACGACACCAGAUGAACUCACAUUGGGAGCGAUUGGAUUGCAUCGCCUGCUUCUUCUCAACUACGAUCAAGGAAUUCUUUCAGGGCGAUCGACCAACGCCUCUCCAUCUUCUCAAAAAGAGGGCGACCGAUUUCCCUUGACCGUCUGACACUACGUGAACCUAUAUCUGCAGGGGUUGGAUUUGCCUCUGUCUGUCCGCAGCCGGGGAUCGUCAGUCGACGCCUCUCGACCUUACCAACAAGAUGACCGCCGAAGACUGGAGUUUGGCGAAGACCACCUGAGUGUGUAACGCUACGCAGGCUCAUAUCUGCAGCGGUCUACUUGUAUUCAACUGCGGCUAAGGAUUAGUUGUGGAAUAUUCGUUCCCAGUAAACUCGUAACGAUAGUGCAUUCGGUCUGGAAGAAACUGGUUCACUUUCUGCUGCUGGAAAAAAAUAAACUGAUGGCAUAUAACAAUUUGAGGAACGGCCUGAUACUAGUUUACGUAUUUUUAUGCAAGUGUGCUUCCAUAUCUGAAUUGACAGUACCAUAGAGGAUGCGAGAUCCAUCCCUAGUACCGCCAAAUAUUUUAUGUCGAUAAGAGGGGUGGAUUGGUGUCCACCUAGUGAAGACAGUUAAGUAGCUGCAGUUCCCAAACUGUCAUUAGUGGAUCACGGAGACAGUGUUUUGCUGGGGAAAAGUUCAUUCUAUAGUUUUGUGUGCAGACGUCUUAGAGUGAAACAAUGACUUCUACACAUUUACCUGUUCUCUCGACCUGAUCAUUGAUUAUUUUGUAUGUUGUUACAUAUGUGCGGAUUCACACCGUCUUUUAAUGCUUAUCUUGUAAGCACGAAACUCCAGCUGCAGCCAGUUUUAUUCUCCCCCUGAAGUUUCAAAUGCAAAAUGUUAAUAUUAUCUGAAUCCACUCACUGAAUAAAGAGACGUGUAAACAUUUCGCAGCCGUAGCUGCAGUUGAAACAAGAAAAUGAUUAUAGCUGCGCAACCUAAAUGUCGUUUCAGCAAUCAUUUCACCGGUAAAACUUGAAGACGCACGAUGUGCGCCUAUCUGUCGAUGCUCAGAAAAUGUGAAAUGCCCCAGUUUACCAACUAGGUGCCAUCUUAUGUUAAUGAUAGAAAGCACCACUUGAUACAGAUUGCAAGUAUCUUCUGGUCUCCCAUUUCACAGAAGACUUUAAUCCAGACAUCUUUCAGAAUUCCGAAACAGCAUCUAGUACGGGCUGUUCUUACAUUAGACUAGCGUCGAAGUAAACUAAAUAACUACGUACCGCAUCUUACGUCACCUCCAAGUGCUUCCAGUACCUUAACGCCACAGAUAAGCUGGUAGGGUACUGCGAAGCUCUGUUUUGAGAUUUCUACGAAGUAAUUCGCAUCAGCAAUAUCUAGGCCGAAGGCAGCUACCUUGGGGAGACCACAGCGGCAAGGCGCCAAAUGCUUGACAGACGGAAAUCGUGAGGACACGAUUAGGACUGAAUGGCUAGUCUCGUCGCCGUGUCCAGGGGGAUGCCUGUUUUCAAUUUCAUGCGCAGUUCAUUACGGAGUGCCCUCACCUACCACUAAUACUUCUUUAAUGGGCAGUGCUGAAAAGCAAUCUCCUAUCGCGAGGUUAAUUUACGAAGCAACUGAGAAAAUGAAAUUGACUAAAGCUAAUGUAUUUUAAAGGACCGAAUUUAUCACGCUUGCCAUUUUAAAUUAACGCCUUGAGUGGCUCACUUUUAUUGGACCGGUAAUGACCCGGAACAGGGAGGCCAUACCUAGCUGUUAAUAUCAUCUCAAUUCCUUUUAAUGAAGACAUGAUACACUUUCGUACAGCUCAGUUCAUUAGGAAAGCAUCACAUUCAUUUGCAUAAUGGAUCUCUGGUAACGACGUACUCAUCUUGCUGGCGAUCAGGAUUACCAAACCUAUAGCAUACAGCGCUUGUGGCACUGGAAAACGGGGCCUGCCAAGGAGUGCAAGAUAUAUGCCGAUAAUUGGCAGCGAUAGCUACGAACGCGCUUUAUUUGCGUAUCUAAACGGGGAUUACGGAAUUCCUUGUGAAUCUUCUUUACUUCAGUAGCUACAGAUACGCUCUGUUAAGGUUUCCUUGAAUGAAGUAGUGAAAACUCGACUCUGCAGAUGUUUAUUCCUUCCUAAUUGAAGGAACGCUUUAAAUGGCCAGUUUUUUUAUUAAAUAGAUUACGUUGUGUGCUUCUUUUAUUAUUUAUCAGCAUUACAAAAACUCGAAUUAGCAGAUAUUCUAUCUUGAUUUUUUUUACGACGAAAACUGAAGCCUCCUUAAAGGAAUUCUUUUAGGCUUACUACCGCAUGUUCUUUACCGGAGGCAUAUAUUUUUGUAUGAUAAUAUUACUCGAUUUCAUGUGUGUUAAGACAAUUGUAAAUACUUACUUUUGUUGCAUAUUCUUUAGUAUCUUGUUUGCUUUUUUGUAAAAUAUUAUGUAUUUUGUUAUUAUUUAAGUAAUUCAAUGGAGCAGAUGAGUUUCAUAGCGUACUGAUAUACGCACUUCGUGCGCUGUUCCUUGGGAAACAUUUACGUCCACUUUCAAUGUUGGAGUUCCAACGUAUCAAAAUAAGGCCAGUAAUCAACGAAAGUAUUGUUUCACAAUAAAAUGUUAUUCGUGCUUAAAACUGGUUUUUCAUUUUUAUUUUUGAUGUGUAUCUUGGUAACAUUGUACAGAUUUUGAACACACGGUGCCUUGUUUGUCAUAAACUAUUUCACAGCAGUCUUAAAGGACAUCGACUAUUCCAGCUUUAGUACGUGAACAAUAGUUUACAGAAACUCUAACGGGAGGCAAUCACUGAAUCACAGCGAAAAUCUUCUAGAAUUUUUAACACUACAGAAGCUUACAUACCAAACU